AUGGAAGGUCGCUCUUUGAAAUGAUUAAUUAAUGAAAAUAAUUUAUGGAAUAAAUUUUUUGUCAUCAGAUUUCAACAUAUCAUCUUUGAUUCCUCGUGAAACACGGGCUGAAAAGAUCAGGGCGUAUUUUCUAGAGAGAGAAAAAGGGAGAGAGAGAGAGAGAGAGAGGGUCGGACGCGGUGUCAUGAACGGGAGGGUUGGAGGCUGGGUCGAUUCGUCGCGUAUUCUCUUUCUAACCUUAUCUGUGUCUCUCUCUCUUGGUGA